UCUUUAUAAAUAUUUCUUAAAUCAGUCUUAUUGCAAAAAUUGAAAAGUGAAGAUCGCUUUCAUUAAGUUUAACAAUGCGCUUGUUACUAAUAUUUUUUAUUUUCCUAUUCGUCAAAAGUUGUUUCUCUUCGUGUGACGUGGGUGAAUCCCCUCCCGAGUGUGCAGCAUAUUGCUUUCGAGUUGUGAAACCAUGUUUAUCAUACCUGGAUGUUCUCCAAAACCGGGUCAACGCCUAUGAGUCGGUUGUACCAAGUGAUAUUCUGGCCAGGGUGUCCCUCACUGACACAAAAAUGGACAUCCUGGGAAGGCAAAUGGCGGUCCUACAGGAAAAGGAGGAGGACUAUCAAAAAAAGAUUAUUAAGUUGAAAGACAGGCUGGCAAAGGGUGUGCCCAGUCACUUUGGCAACUUUCAAAAACUCGGUCAAAAAUAUUACUAUGUGGAGAAGGAACUAAGAGAAACCUGGCAUGGAGCUGUAAAAAAAUGCCAUGAGAUGGGUGGAUUCCUGGUGAGCCUUCAAAGCCAGCAAGAGAUCGACGCUAUUAGCGGAAAGCUGAAGGAGUACUCAGGAUACUGGAUAGAUGUCACUGACCAGUUCAAGGAGGGGGUGUAUGUGUCCAUUAGUACUGGAUUAGGAACCACUUUUCUAAAGUGGGAUCAGAACGAGCCAUCGCAAAACGGAGAACAGUGCGUCGAGAUCCAUACCUAUAAGGAACCCCCCGUCAUGAAUGAUAAUGUCUGCUCCAAUAAGAAGUAUUUCAUAUGCGAAUCGUCUGCCAAAGUCGACGAUACUAAAUAAUUUGUUGCUUAUUAAUUAUAAUAAAGUGCUUUAACGAAAAA